ACGGUCCUGCAUUUGGCUUGCAAACGAAAUCAGUUGGAAAAGGUGAAAGCCAUUUUAACCGAAGGGCUGGUGGGUGUGAAUCUUGCCGACAACAAUGGCUGGACUGCUCUUCAUGAGGCCUGUUUUAAAGGUGCACUUGAUUGUGUCAAAGCACUUUUGACAAAUCACGCCCAAACGGCGGAUCUCAUGGCCUUCGGUGGGGGACUAGAAAUGAUUACGCCUCUGGAAAAAGCUAUCCUACAAGAUCAUUGCGAAGUUGCUGCCUUCAUUUUGGAAUGGAUUCACUCUCGGAAUGUGGAAAAUUACCGGCGAUUUCCAACCCUUUCGAAUCUCUUGCAUCCAGAGGGACGACAUUUAAGUGAUAUUGCAUGUAGUGAGACCAUGAAAUCCCUGCUCGGGAAGUACGAAACCCUAUCCAAAAACGUCCAUGGUCAGAGCUCGAUGACAGUAUCAUUCUGCGACUUGUUUCAUCUGUCAAUUCGUCGCUACACUGCGACAUUUUCACUAAAUUGCGUUAAACAAUUGCUUCGACAAUGCCCGAACCAAAGUCGAUAUCAGUGUAGCGGUAUACUACUGCGCGUAUUGAAAGAUCGCUACACCGAUUAUCCCAUUCCCCGCGCAAAUUCCGUCGUGGCCAAAGAUGUCAGAAUCUUCAACGCUUUGAAAACUCGCCCCAAUUCUCCCCACGUAUUAGAUUUGGCCCUGCAAAGCCGUCUUUGGGCUGUGUCUCGUCAUUAGAUCAACGCAGAUAAGAAGUGUCAAGGUUAAGCUUGUUGCAUUUUUUUGACCAAAUACAUGAAUCUUCUCUUAAAAUUGCUCUCGAUCUGGAGUUUUUUAGUCCAUCAGACUCUCGUCGAUUCGAGCCUAUCAUGUGGAAAGAAGUGAGCAAUCUCGUCAUCCAUCAACCUUCCUGUCAUUGUCUUCCGCCAUUGAAGCUUGUUAUCCUUUUUCAGAUAAGGCAGACCUUGCCCAAGGUCCAAUGCGAAGAGAGUGCAAUGGCUGGCUAGUGGCUACUCGGGAUGUAAACAUAUGUUCCAAACAAAUGAGUGGUGAAGUGAACAUCCACAAGCAGAAAUCGGAAGCCUAAGUUCCCAAGAUAAACAAAAAGUGCCCGACUUCCUGCCGGCUACCCCUACCCCCCCGUCCUCUAUCCUCCUUUCACCGUGAAGAAACACCACUCUUGUCAAGUUUCACCACCCGUCGUGUACAUUCAACAUCAAGGAGCCUCUUCCCGAUCCCGUUUCUAAUUCCACGCCUCGGAAGAUCUCUGGCAUGACGAGCUGGUGGGAUCAUAAUUGAUCUGGCUAAAACCGUACUAUAUUUAGAGUGGAUGGGAGCUCCUCCGGCUGGUUCUCACAUCAACACGAUUGGGUAGGUCUGGCUUGAUCUCUCUCGCUCUCUCUCUCUCUCUCUCGGUUCGAUACCAAGAGGCACCCGCUUGCUCUCUCUAGUUCCGACCAAAGCCAGGUCGUCGACGUGGCCGUUAAAGGAGCAGAUAGACUGGCCGAUCCCUUGGGCUUGGAAGAGGGCGAGCUCGCUCUCUCUCUCGCCCUCUUUAUCCUCUCCGCCUUGUUUCCAUCUAAGGAACCCUCCAGCUCCUCAGGCCUUGUUUCCUUUUCUCUGUCCUUGCGCAGUUCGAAAGUCUACAUGUUCGUAGUUGGCACGUACGUAGCACCACUACUCUUAUAUACAUUUGUAUAUGGAUUGCUCUUGCGAACGGAGAACCCAACUUGGUUGAUAUUGGUGAUGAACACAUGAUGGUGGGACUGCGACCUGAUGACGUGAUACUGCCGGAGGGGAACGACGCAUUAUUGUAGAGCCUGGAAGAAGGCUGCAAGGCUUUUUUCGUUUCGUGUGCUCGUUGGUACGUUGAUGUGUUCAGCUCGGUCAGCUCUAUGUGGCCUCAUCAAACAGCUAGCUCCUUCUUGGACAAAUAGAUGGAUGGAUGGAUAGAUGGAACUCGAUGGAACGAAGCUUCUCUGUGCGUGAAUUGGUGGAACUUUCUCCCUUUUCCACUCUUCGUGGUUUCGUGUUGUUGGCUCUUGCUGUCCUGAAGCCACACUCAUCCUCCGGAUAACAAUGAAAUCUUGAAAAUAAUUCCUCCUCCUUCGCCGUCAUCAUCAUGAAAGAUGUCAACGUUCCCAUGUCUCCGACCGCAUCGUCGAUGCCCGAAGACUCGCGAACCUUGGAUUACUCACAGAGGCUCUUGGCCAAUUUGAGCAAUCUUCGAGAGAACCCGGCUCUCAACCUCUGUGAUGUGGAAAUCGUGCCUGGCUGGACCACCUCCACGCCCAAUUCAAAGCAAUUCUAUGCUCAUCGUAUUGUUCUGGCCGCGGCCAGUCCCUACUUCAAUGCCAUGUUCAAUUGUGGCUUGGUGGAGGCCAACCGUCAACAGAUUGCCAUCCAAUCCAUGAGUGAUGUCACGUUGGAGAGUCUCCUUAACUUCAUCUAUAGUGGCAAGAUUUCCAUCACCCGUGACAAUGUCCAAGACAUCAUCGUGGCCGGGGAUAUGAUCGAGCUCAAGGAAGUGGUCGAUCUGUGCACGCAAUAUUUAGUCAAUGAACUGGAGCCCAACAAUGCCGUGGGCAUCUUUCGAUUCGCCACGGACCAUAAUUGUCAGAGAUUAAGAGAGGCCACGGAGAAAUUCAUUUUUGACCACUUUGUCGAGGUGAGCAAGGGCGAAGAGUUUCGAGAUCUCCCUCGUGAAAUGCUCGUGGGCUUCUUGUCCAGUGAGUUCCUUCGCGUCGACUCCGAGUAUCAGGUGUUCGUGGCAGCUUUGUCUUGGGUCGAGUCCGACCUCACAGCCCGGAGGCGUUUCAUCUUCGAUGUGCUCAAAUUCAUUCGUCUCCCUUUGGUGCCUUCCAAACUCUUGGAAUCAUAUCUCUCCGAGUGUCCCGAUAUUUCACUCCGGGUGGCCUUGACCAGCGUCAAGAAGGACAUUGCCCUAAAGCGAGGAACUCUCGUCACCUUGAAUGCUCAGCCCCGAAAACAUGCCAAGAAAAAUGUCUACAUAAUCGGAGGCUCUCAAAGAGAGUUCGGAAGUGCCUGGACCCGGAAAGAGCAAACAUAUCAUUCGGUGGAAGUGUUUGAUACCUUUCGGGGCGCUUGGCAUGACGUGGCUUCCAUGCGAGUGGGUCGAAUACUCCCGGGGAUUGCCGUCAUGAACGGACUCAUCUAUGUGUGUGGCGGGGAAGUGGACUCCAAGAUUUUGGCCAAUGGAGAGGUGUACGACCCCAAUGAGGACACUUGGACGGAGAUGGCCUCCAUGACCAUUCCGCGUUGUGAAUUCGGCAUGUGCUCCAUGAACGGUUUCCUCUACGCUUUUGGAGGUUGGGUGGGCGAGGAUAUUGGUGGGGGCAUCGAACGGUACGACCCGACCUCCGACCAUUGGAGCUUAAUCGCCAAGAUGCAAGAGGCUCGCUUCUCCAUGGGAAUUGUACCCUAUCAUGGACUCAUUUAUCUGGUGGGAGGGUGCACUCACUCGAGGCGACACAUGCAAGAACUGGUGUCCUUCAAUCCCAACACAGGCGAGUGGUCUGUGCACGCCAGUAUGAUAGUGUCCCGGUCUCAAAUGGGAUGUGUCGUCUUGGAUGAUCAUUUGUACGUAUUAGGAGGCACGAACCGUCACAAUGAGGUCCUCAAGUCAGUUGAACGAUACUCUUUCAAAGAAGACGCAUGGUCCAUGGUGCCUUGCAUGGGUCAAGCGCGAGCGAGUCCGGCGGUGGCGUCAGCCGAUGGCAAGAUCUACGUCUUUGGUGGAGAUCAGAUCAAUGAAGUGAAUUUCUAUCGAGCUCGAACGACUAUUUCCAGCUCGGAGUGCUAUGACCCGUUGACCAAUCAGUGGACAGACAGUAUGGAUUUGCCCAUGAGUCGCUCAGAGGCCGGAGCAGUGGUGAUUUGAGUGCUGAGUUUGUGGAAAUUUGCCCCCUCCCCCCAGAGACUUGAACCCACCGGAGCAGACAGUCCUUUUGGAUUCAUCCGUAUUCGCUUAUUACUCACAAUCCCAAUGCUUUACCAUUUGGGCGUGCCAAGAAACCACGAGACCGUAUUUCUAUUGUUGCGAUCCUAGUUUAAAGUUUUCUUAAACAAUUCACGACGCUCGUUUUUGCUUCACCCUGUCUCCUGAAUCGUAACACCCCUCCCUAUAAACACGUGUGUGGACUGAAGGGACACGAAACAAUACACUAGUAUCAUUGAUACCA